GCAUCCCAACAUCUGUGUGGCUCUACUUUUUCAGCGGCAUCAUUUGCGAGGAAGAAAGGAGACAGCAACGAUUUUUUGGGAGUCUUUUGCUGAAAUUUACAUUUUUAACACUUCUUCAUGACACAUUUCUGUCUCUUUAGGGCCGUAGCCGACAAGUGAAGGGAGACAUUUUUUCGACCACCUGACGAGCUUUUCUGAAACGGACAAGUGCACCCACUCAAACCGAACCUCCGAGGAGAGCCAAAAUGGGGUAUGGAAGGUCAGACAGCUACCGCGUGGCCACCACGCAGGACAAGGAUGAGAAGGAGUCGCCCAAGAAGAAAGGAGGCAAGGGAAUGGAUGACCUUAAGAAGGAAGUCCCAAUUACGGAGCACAAAAUGUCCGUGGAGGAAGUUUGCAGAAAAUACACCACUGACAUCGUUCAGGGUCUGACCAACGCAAGGGCUGCUGAGUACUUGGCCAGAGACGGCCUCAAUGCCCUGACCCCGCCACCCACUACCCCGGAGUGGGUCAAGUUCUGUCGUCAGCUGUUUGGCGGCUUCUCCGUCCUGUUGUGGAUCGGCGCCAUCCUCUGCUUCCUGGCCUACGCCAUCCAGGCCGCCACGGAGGACGAGCCUGCCGGGGAUAAUUUGUACCUCGGUAUCGUGUUGUCAGCUGUGGUCAUUAUCACUGGCUGCUUCUCCUACUUUCAAGAAGCCAAGAGCUCCAAGAUCAUGGAGUCCUUCAAGAACAUGGUCCCCCAGCAAGCCCUGGUGAUCCGCGAAGGGGAAAAGAUGCAGAUCAAUGCCGAGCAGGUGGUGGCCGGAGACCUGGUGGAGGUGAAGGGGGGAGACCGGAUCCCCGCCGACCUCCGCAUCAUCUCAUCGCACGGCUGCAAGGUGGACAACUCCUCCCUGACCGGCGAGUCGGAACCUCAGACCAGGUCGCCAGACUGCACUCAUGAAAAUCCUCUGGAGACCCGGAACAUCGCCUUCUUCUCCACAAACUGUGUGGAGGGCACAGCUCGCGGUAUCGUGGUGUGCACGGGCGAUCGCACCGUGAUGGGCCGCAUUGCCACCCUCACCUCGGGCCUGGAAACCGGCAAGACGCCCAUCGCCAAGGAGAUCGAGCACUUCAUCCACAUCAUCACUGGCGUGGCCGUCUUUCUCGGCGUGACUUUCUUCAUCCUGUCGCUGGUGCUGGGGUACUCCUGGCUGGAGGCCGUCAUCUUCCUCAUCGGCAUCAUCGUAGCCAACGUGCCCGAAGGCCUGCUGGCCACCGUCACUGUGUGUCUCACUCUAACCGCAAAGCGAAUGGCCCGCAAAAACUGCCUGGUGAAGAACCUGGAGGCGGUGGAAACGCUGGGUUCCACCUCCACGAUCUGCUCGGACAAGACGGGCACCCUUACCCAGAACAGGAUGACCGUGGCCCACAUGUGGUUUGACAAUCAGAUCCAUGAGGCCGACACUACCGAGGACCAGUCAGGCUCCUCCUUCGACAAGAGCUCCACGACUUGGGUGUCCCUGGCCCGCAUCGCCGCGCUGUGCAACCGCGCCGUGUUCAAGGCCGGCCAGGAGUCGUUGCCCAUCCUCAAGCGCGAAGUGGCCGGCGACGCCUCCGAGUCGGCGUUGCUCAAGUGCAUCGAGCUGUCUUGCGGCACUGUCAAAACCAUGAGGGACAAGAACAAGAAAGUUGCUGAGAUACCCUUUAAUUCCACCAACAAAUAUCAGCUUUCCAUUCAUGAGAGCGAUGACGAGUCGGACAAACGCUACCUUCUAGUGAUGAAGGGAGCCCCAGAGAGGAUCCUCGACCGCUGCUCCACCAUCAUGUUGCAGGGCCGCGAGCAGCCGAUGGACGAUGAGAUGAAGGAGGCCUUCCAGAACGCUUACUUGGAACUGGGAGGCCUGGGGGAGAGAGUGCUGGGCUUCUGCCACCUCUUCCUCCCAGAGGAGUCCUACCCAAAAGGUUUUGCCUUUGACACGGACGAUGUCAACUUCCAGACGGACAACCUUUGCUUCGUGGGCCUCAUGUCUAUGAUUGACCCACCCCGCGCCGCCGUCCCAGAUGCUGUGGGCAAGUGUCGCUCCGCUGGCAUUAAGGUCAUCAUGGUGACAGGUGAUCAUCCAAUCACAGCCAAGGCCAUCGCCAAGGGCGUGGGCAUCAUCUCCGAGGGCAACGAGACGGUAGAAGACAUCGCUGCACGACUCAACAUCCCCGUGAGUCAGGUGAACCCCAGGGACGCAAAAGCCUGCGUGAUCCACGGAACAGACCUGAAGGACCUCGACCAAGACCAAAUGGAUGACAUUUUAAGGAACCACACAGAGAUCGUCUUUGCUCGAACCUCACCUCAGCAGAAACUCAUCAUCGUAGAGGGCUGCCAGAGACAGGGUGCCAUCGUGGCCGUGACGGGUGAUGGCGUCAACGACUCUCCCGCCCUCAAGAAGGCCGACAUCGGCGUCGCCAUGGGAAUCUCUGGCUCGGACGUAUCCAAACAAGCUGCCGACAUGAUCCUGCUGGAUGAUAACUUUGCGUCCAUCGUCACGGGCGUGGAGGAAGGCCGCCUGAUCUUUGACAACCUGAAAAAGUCCAUCGCCUACACGCUCACGAGCAACAUCCCUGAGAUCACCCCCUUCCUCUUCUUCAUCCUGGUCAACAUCCCGCUUCCUCUGGGUACCAUCACCAUCCUCUGCAUCGACCUGGGCACGGACAUGGUGCCAGCCAUCUCCCUGGCGUAUGAGGCAGCGGAAAGCGACAUCAUGAAGCGCCAGCCCAGGAACCCGAUGAGGGACAAACUGGUCAACGAGAGGCUCAUCAGCAUCGCCUACGGACAGAUCGGUAUGAUCCAAGCUCUCGGCGGCUUCUUCGCCUACUUCGUCAUCAUGGCAGAAAACGGCUUCCGGCCCUCUGUGCUGAUGGGAAUUCGCCUCAACUGGGACGACCGCUCCAACAACGACCUGGAGGACAGCUACGGCCAACAAUGGACAUACGAGCAGCGCAAGAUCGUGGAGUUCACGUGCCACACGGCCUUCUUCGUCAGCAUCGUGGUGGUGCAGUGGGCCGACGUCAUCAUCUGCAAGACCAGACGCAACUCUGUCUUCCAGCAGGGCAUGAGGAACAAGAUUUUGAUUUUCGGCCUGUUUGAAGAAACAGCCCUCGCCGCGUUCCUGUCCUACUGCCCCGGCAUGGACGUGGCGCUACGGAUGUACCCGCUUAAGGCCAGCUGGUGGUUCUGCGCCUUCCCGUACAGUUUCCUCAUCUUUGUUUACGAUGAGAUCCGAAAGCUCAUCCUGCGUCGAAACCCUGGAGGUUGGGUGGAAAAGGAGACAUACUAUUAAAUUAUCAAAACAUCACAAAUGUCUCAUCCGUCCGCCCCACCCUUUCACCCUCCCUCCCCUUGUGUCUCACCUUCCUUCUUCUCCCCUCCCGUUAUCAAAUCCCAACCCUCUUCCCCCGCCACCUCCUUCCACACUGUCACCUGAUUGGCUCGCACAUCACAAAUGCACGUUAGACCGCAAUGUGUGUAUCCAUUGUUGUUUACAUUUAGACAAGUGCAUCUUGCCACGGUGACGAGCUGACCAUGUUUACUCUUCUGCCAUCUUCUUUAACUAAAAACACACACACACACACACACACACACACCAAGAUGGCGCCGGGACCAACGACAGAGAGGGAGAGGAUGUUGCCGCGGGGGCAAACACACACGCAUUCUCUCCCAUCGCUUUUUUUUUUUUCCAACACUCAGCUCGAAACUGCCAACUGCCGCCAUUGUGCCGUUGCGUGUUGCCAUGGCGCCCGAAGUCGCCGUCAUUGCCGCUUUCCCUACUCCACUGUUCCACCGCGCCAUUUGUCAGAGAAUCCGGAGCGAGUAUUGGGUACCGGUACCUUUAAUUUUUUUCUGUUUAUUUCUAGCUUGGGCAGCAUAGUAGUAGAGUGGUUAUCACAUUACCCCCCCGACCUUAUCGAUCACCUCCUCCUCUGCCCCCCUUCCACAGUGUUCGAUCUGCUUGUUUUUUUUAACAGGCGGCUAACUGGCUGUUGCUGUUUUUUUCAACAUUUUGAUUUGUGAGUGAGUAUAAAAGAUGCUUGUUUUCAUUGACACCUGACGAAGCAACCGUCUCUCCGUCCUCUUCCUCCUCAGCUCUCGAA